AUAAUUUUCAUUCUUUUUGCUUUCUUAAACUCUUAAAACAUUUUCAAUUUUGUCACCUCUUUUUUUCUCCUCUUUCCUUUAGAUCUUCUCAACUGUCUGUAUAUCCAAAUUACAAUGGCUCUUCUAACUAAUAAACGAGCCUCCUCUUCGUCUUUCACCCAACGAUCUAAAUAUGAUGUGUUCUUGAGUUUCAGAGGAGAAGAUACCCGCAAUGAUUUUACUAGCAAUUUGAAUGGUAUUUUGCGUCAUAAUGGUAUUAACACCUUCAUGGACGAUGAGCUCCAAAGAGGGGAGAAAAUUUCUAUUGAACUUUUCGAAGCUAUUGAAAGUUCAAAGAUUUCGAUAAUUGUAUUCUCAAAAAACUAUGCAACUUCCACUUGGUGUUUGGAUGAACUUGUCAAAAUUCUUGAGUGUAAAAAGAGUGGCCAAGUGGUGUUUCCUGUUUUUUACAAGAUAGAUCCGUCAGAAGUACGUAGCCAAAAGGGAAAGUUUGGAGAAGCAUUGGCAAAACAUGAAGCAAAUUUCAUGUAUGACACGAACAAGGUGCAAAGAUGGAGGGCCGCCCUAAAUGAAGCUGGCAAUUUAUCUGGUUGGCAUUACAAAAAUGAGGAUUAGAUGAAAUUCGAGGCAUAACAUUGUCCUUGCCACAACCAAGAAAGAUGCAAUUGAAUCUUGGAAAGAUGAAAAAUCUCAAAUAUUUAACAAUUCGUAAUGUAAUUUGUGAAGACCUUAAAUCUUUUCCCAAUGGGUUAAGGUUACUUGAUUGGAAUGAAUUUCCUUUAUCAUCCUUGUCGUCCACCUUUGAACCUACAAAACUCGUUGUACUUAACAUGCAAGGGAGCCACAUUGAAUUGGACAAGCAU